CUAUGCUGAUUAGAAUUUUAAAUGACUGUUUAGUUAUACUACGUUGUUAUAAUUCAAAACUUGCACAAUGUCUGCAUGACAACAUAUAACACCUUUUGUCAAGCUAUGACAUCCUGUUUUAGUGAGACUACAUUGUUUAUUGAUGUGCCAUUGUGAUAUAAUUAAUUAACCUUAAUGUCCUUCUAAUAUCCUAGUGAAGUAGAACAUAGAACAUUGUCUACCGUCAUAAACAAACAAGUGACAAUGUCUGAGAGAGAAGUCGAAGAAGUCGAAAAAGUCGGAGAAGUCGGCGAAUCUACAGAAAAUGGCAACUAUACGGUACUGAAUAUAACAAAAAAGAGCACAAGUGUGCACGAACGGAAGAAAACAGUGGCAGAAGGCCUUCUAGAUAUUGGUUUGUUGGUGGCCAAUGCAUCGCAGCUCAAGUCCCUAUUUGACCGAGGGGUGUCAUACCAGUACUUCCAUAUCUUGCUUGUUUUGCUGAUACUGACUUUUCUAGUGCAGAUCACUGUUGGGUUUUUACUUUUAGCUUUGGCGAACAUUGAAGAAGCUAUAGAGGACAAAAAACGUUAUAACAGACUUAACAAUGCUAUAAUGGCUCUUGUUUUUAUUGCUGUUGUAAUUAACGUAAUGGUAAGUGUAUUUGGCAUUUCAUCAUGAGCCGAUUAAAUGGUUAUUACGUAUUCAGCACUUUCG